AUGUCCUCUCCCUUACUGGACCCUUGUUUAUCAAUGCUGAAAUACGUGGUUGAUUCCAAGUCUCCCCUCCUCAACCCAUCAAAGAACCCGUUGGUAGAUUACCUCCUUCGAAGAACAAUCUACAAUCACUUCUGCGCGGGCACAAACGAGGCUGAAGUGCGCAAGACCGUUCAGGAUAUGAAGGGCCUAGGAUUUGAGGGUGUUAUCCUUGGAUACGCGAGAGAGUCAAUUGCGAAGGCGGACGAAAACAACAACGAUAGCUUCCAAGUCGAGAAAAGUCAACAAGCAAUUCAAGAGAAUGCAGUGGAGGAAUGGAGACAAGGAAACCUACGAACACUGAAGAUGAUUGGUGCAGGAGACUUCCUUGGAAUCAAAUUCACCGGUGCAGGCCCCAAAGCCGUUGAAGCCCUUUCUCGCGGUGACCUCGUUCCGCCUCCUUCUAUUGCGCAAGCCAUUACAGAGAUCUGCGAGGCCACAGCAUCCCAAAACUCCCGUCUCUGGAUUGACGCAGAACAGCAAAUUUUCCAGCCAACGAUCGACAUGUGGACGAUUGAUCUCAUGCGAAAGUUCAACCGCAAUGGCAGGAUAGUUGUCUACAACACCAUCCAGGCGUAUCUGAAAUCCUCGACCGAGAACGUCCAUCGGCACCUUUGCCUAGCUCAAAAGGAAGGAUGGACAUUGGGAAUCAAGCUCGUUCGCGGCGCCUACAUCGCGCAUGAUAUCAGAUCCCGGAUACACGAUACCAAGGUUGAUACGGAUAACAGCUACGACCAUAUUGUUGAGAGCCUUUUAUCACGAAAGUCUCCACUCAAAAUAGGUUCUGACAAUGCGUCAGCGUUUCCGGAUGUACGGUUAUUCGUGGCCUCUCAUAACGCGGAGAGCGUGCGCAAGGCGUCGUCACUGUACAGACAGAGGAUUCAUGACGGACAACCCACGAUUCCAGUUGAGAUUGGCCAGUUGCAAGGAAUGGCAGAUGAAGUGAGCUGUGAGUUGUUGGCUGAGAAUAACACUGGUCAGUCGGAGACCUCGACAACAGUUCCUACAGCACUUGGAGUAUUCAAGUGUCUUGCCUGGGGGACAACGGAAGAAUGUCUCCAUUUCCUGUUGCGAAGAGCGAUUGAAAAUAAGUCGGCCAUGGAGAGGACCAAAGACACAGCCGCAGCGAUGCGCCGGGAAGCCCGGAGGAGACUUGGGUGGUGA